GCAGUUGCAGGUGGGUGAGCUGUGCGGUUUGAGGGAGGAGUGGGCUUGGACCGGCUUGGACCGGCUUGAAUCUGGCUGUUGGAGGCAAGGCUCCUACUACUCUCGGUUGUGGUGCAUCUCGUGAGCGCUCCGGAAAGGAAAGGUCCGCAGCGAGGAGCCUUCUGCACAGGGAGUUCUAUAUGGCAGCCGGCAGGGAGGUGACCCUUCCCUUCGUUUGCCAAUGGGCCCUCCGCAGACCUCCCUGUCUACCCCGGGCCAACCGAGAACAGAAUCGGUGGUGCAAGCCCUCUAAGCUUUGCUGUGCCCCUCAAGGGUUCUGCGCACCUUGAUGCCUCAUGCUGUUCUUCCUGCCGUCACACCAGUGCAUUUCUGUUUCCUUGGUUGCUUGUGUAGAUGGAUGUCGGUGCUCUUCUGUGAACAUCCAUUUGAACAAAGUCGAGGACGAGUUAGGGUCCAUGGAAAAGUUGGUCUCUGCAGAUGAAUGUGGAUUUCGUGGAUGAUGGUAGAUAGGUGUCAUGCUGAUUCAACCUUUCUAAGGUGGCCAGAAAGUAUCUGGGAAAGCUAGCAAUAAUCUAAUCUACACAACCACUGUCCAUUAGUUCUGUAUUCCUAGAGAUGGGUAUAGUCUGAUCUGUACUUAUUCCCAUUAACAUUUUUUGUGAUAUUACACACCCCUCGAGUCUUCUGCAGCUACAUGGCAGUUUGAGUCACUCACACACAGACAUUGCUAUCUUGAUAUAACCCCUUAUCUGUUAAAAGAGUGAGUGAGGUGCUAUUUAAGAUGUGAAUAUUGCAAAGACCUCAUAAUGUGACAAGGUAUCUGAAGCACACAGAAAAAGCUACAGUAAGCAAUGUGGGGAUGAAUAAAGACAGCAAGCACUAAUACCCUUAUCAGUAAUUAUAAUAAUUCAAGUUCUGUUUUUCAUCCUAUGUAGCUAAGAAUCCUGUUAUAGUGUCUUUCCCCGUGUUUUUGAUGAUAGUGUGGUGACGUGGGCCAGAGCAGUUCAAGUAGGACAAAAGAGGAACAUGACUAGGUUCAUGAUGACUGGACGUAAUGGUACCAAAAGAGUAUUGUCAAGCUUGUUAUCCUGGAUAAGGAGUAGAAAAUUACAGUGGUGCCUAGGGGAGAAUAGGAAGUCAAGAGAUGGGGAUUUUUUUGUUGUUGUUGUUUGAUAUGUAUUUAAAGAUAAGAGUACUGGAAUUGCAUGUUAUGCUAAGUGUCUAACAGAGAAGGAGAAAUUUCUAAUGUGUAUGCCAGUGACAGACAGACAGAAGAUGAUGGCCAUUCUAGCAAUCACUCCAGAGGGAUGGACCAUAUUUGCUUUUUGCCAUGUCACUGAGCUGGAGAUGCAACUUCGUAUUAAAACUCGUGUCUAGUGGGGUGUAGAGAUAGCUCAGCUGUUAAGAGAACUGUCUGCUCUUCCAGAGGGCUUGAGUUCAAUUCCAAGCAACCACAUGACGGCUUACAACCAUCUACCCUGGGAUCUGAUGAUGCCCUCUUCUGGCAUGCAGGUGUACAUACAGAUAGAGCAUUCAUUUACAUAAAAUAAGUAAAUUAAAAACAAAAAAAACCAAAACCCUCAUGUCUAGUUAUGCACUGUCCUGGGUUUAAAAUAGUACCUUCCACAAUAAUUACUCUAAAUGUUCCAACAAAUAACCUUCUUUCAACUUAUGUCACUUAUGAGCUACAAAUAUAUUCUAAAACUGGAACAUCAAAUUACUGCCACAUUAGAAGUUAAUGGUUCUUGACUUUAGAAUCAUAGGUCCUUUACUUGUUUUCUGCAUCUCUGUCUUCUGUGGACAGUAAUGGCUACCUCUAACUUUUUAAAACCAAAAGACUCCUUUUUCAUUUGAGGGCUUUAUAUAAUUUCUCUGUUGAUUUACCUUCUCAUCAUUUAGGUGUCAACAAUACAUCCUCAAAAAGAUUAGUAUUGUAAUGGAUGAGGGCAAGCCCUCCAGAGUCAGAGUAUUUGAGUUUACAUACCAGCUUCCCACUUACUCAUUGUAUGUGACCUUGUGCAAAGUACUUAUUUCCCCAUCUAUAAAAUAGAGAUAAUAAUAGUUUUUGAUUUGUAUAAGUAGCUAGAGGAUUUAAAGAGCAUACAAAAUAUGCAGAAGUAGCAGCACUAGAUAAUAAACACAAAAAGAAAGAAAAUAUAGAAAGUGUAGGUGUAUGUAUGUCUGUCAUAUUCUCCAAAACAGCUCUCGUUCCACUAGAUCAUAUCUGUUCCUUAAUUGGCACUGAAGCCUACUUCUUCAGGAUUCCUGCAUAGACAGAAGACCAGCUGAAACUGAGCAACUACUAGAUUACAGAUAGCUAUUUUUGGUUUAGCCUGUUUCUUCGGGUAGCCCUGGCUAUCCUGGAACCAGCUCUAUAGGCCAGGCUUGUGUCAAACUCAGAAAUCCACCUGUCUCUGUCUCCUGAGUGCUGGAAUUAAAGCUCUAAGAACAGGUGGAAUUAGCUAUGGAUAAUUCAUACAAUUUAAAUGAACAAAGCUCAUGGAAUGGAAUCUCAUCUGAGAAGAAAAAAAAUUACCUUGCAUCAGAAGAUCAUGGACAGAAAAUCUUAAGUGUGCUGCAGAGUUUUAGAGAACAGAAUGUCUUUUAUGACUUCAAAAUAAUCAUGAAAGAAGAAAUAAUCCCAUGUCAUCGUUGUGUGUUGGCUGCAUGCAGUGACUUUUUCAGGGCUAUGUUCGAAGUAAACAUGAAAGAAAGAGAUGACGGAAGUGUUACCAUUACUAACUUGUCCUCCAAAGCUGUAAAGGCAUUUCUUGACUAUGCCUAUACGGGAAAAACAAGAAUAACAGAUGAUAACGUGGAAAUGUUCUUCCAGUUGUCAUCCUUUCUUCAGGUUUCCUUCCUGUCCAAAGCUUGCAGUGACUUUUUAAUAAAAAGCAUUAGUCUGGUCAACUGUUUGCAUUUGUUAUCUCUGUCAGACAGCUACGGCUCUGCCCAGUUGUUCAGUCACACUUUAUAUUUUGUGCAGCAUCACUUUCAUUUGUUGUAUAAAUCCAGUGACUUUUUAGAAAUGAAUUUUGGAGUGCUGCAGAAGUGUCUGGAAUCAGAUGAAUUGAACGUACCUGAAGAAGAAAUGGUCCUAAAGGCUGUCCUCACAUGGAUUAAGUACAACUUAGAGUCCAGGCAAAAACACCUGCCUCACUUGAUUACCAAAGUAAGAUUACAUCAGUUAUCUGAGGACACACUUCAAGACUAUUUGCUCAAUGAAGAGUAUUUACUCAAAAGCACAAACUGUUUUGACAUAAUCGUGGAUGCCAUUAAGUGUGUACAAGGUUCUAGUGGCCUCUUUCCUGAUGCUCGACCAUCCACAACUGAAAAAUAUAUAUUCAUCCAUAAGACUGAGGAAAAUGGAGAAAAUCAAUAUACAUUUUGCUAUAAUAUUAAAACUGACUCCUGGAAAAUAUUGCCACAAUCACAUCUGAUUGAUUUGCCAGGAUCUAGUCUGUCUAGCUAUGGAGAGAAAAUAUUCUUGACAGGUGGUUGCAAAGGGAAGUGCUGUAGAAGGAUUCGACUUCAUAUUGCACAGUCUUACCAUGAUGCCACUGACCAGACCUGGUGCUACUGUCCAGCUAAAAAUGAGUUUUUCUGUGUUUCAGCCAUGAAAACCCCAAGAACCAUGCAUACAUCAGUCAUGGCUCUCAAUCGAUUAUUUGUUAUAGGCGGAAAAACUAGAGGGUCCCAGGACAUUAAAAGUCUCUUAGAUGUUGAAUCUUAUAAUCCACUGUCCAGAGAGUGGACAUCAGUUAGCCCUUUACCCAGAGGCAUCUAUUACCCAGAAGCCAGUGCAUGCCAGAAUAUCAUUUAUGUCCUUGGAUCUGAGGUAGAGAUUGCCGAUGCUUUCAACCCAUCACUUGAUUGCUUUUUUAAAUAUAAUGCUACAACUGACCAGUGGUCUGAACUAGUAGCAGAGUUUGGGCAGUUUUUUCACGCUACUUUAAUUAAAGCUGUCCCAGUAAACUGCACCCUUUAUAUAUGUGAUCUUUCCACCUAUAAGGUUUAUAGUUUUUGUCCUGAUACUUGUGUUUGGAAAGGAGAAGGGUCUUUUGAGUGUGCAGGUUUUAAUGCAGGUGCAAUUGGAAUUGAGGAUAAGAUUUACAUAUUAGGUGGAGAUUAUGCACCAGAUGAGAUUACAGAUGAAGUGCAGGUCUACCACAGUAGUAGGUCAGAGUGGGAAGAGGUGUCACCAAUGCCAAGAGCUUUAACUGAAUUUUACUGUCAGGUCAUUCAGUUCAACAAAUACAGGGACCCAUGGUAUUCAAAUCAUUUCUAAAAGUAAUAUUUGCAUGAGAGCUCUAAAAUUGCAACUAGUAGAAUUGGUUAAAAAUAUGUAUAUCUCAGCACACUGAAAUGUUCCUUAUAUUAAAGAAUGACUAUAGAUGUAUGCUCUCAAUAAAUAGACAGUUUCCAGAAGUUUAAAAUACAAAAUGCAUUUUAUCAAAGUUUUGUUAAAUAUAAAUUCAUGUUCAAUAAUCCAGAUUACAUAGUAUUUUCUUAUAUAAAUAAAAAUUACAGAUUUAUGCUUAUUUACAUUAAACGAUGGAAAAAAGUCUGUGUAGAAGGGAAAAUUUUCUUGAAGUGAAAAUGCUUAUAUACUGCAUAUUGUGUGACAUGAAGAUAAAUUAGAAGUAGAUGAGAAAUUCACAUUGAA